AUGGCUGUUUCUACAAUAAUAAACAACAGCUCACCUAAUACCAUCAAUACCCAUAAUAUACCCGACAAAAUUAAUAUUAAAACUAGUAACUCAUUAGAAAAGCAAAAAAUUAUAGAUAAUCUUAUAAAUUUAGCUAAACAAGAACAAUUGAAAGGUAAUAAAUCAAUAACAUCAGAUAAGUUAAAUAAAUUAGAACAAGCAUUAAAUCAACAACAAAAAUUCAAAAAAAGAGAAAGUUAUAGUAAAUUUAGUUCAACUCCAUUGCCUCCACCACCGAAAUAUCCAUCAAUUUACGAAAAAUUUAAGAUUAAAAAGACUAUUGAAACUUCAUCAAAACCAAGUGAACCAAAACAACCACCGAAGGAAAUUACUAAAAAGAAAUCAAUUUAUAAACCUACCACAUUCACUUUUAAAAAGUUUGAAACUAUAAUCAUUGGCAUUCUUGAAACUUUAGCUAACUUUUUAGAUAAUUUGCAUUUAAUUUCAAAUUUGCCAAUGUUUCCAAAUGCAAGCUUCCUUACCAAAUUGUUGAAAAAUACAAAUAAGUUAUGGAUUUUAAUUUUAGUAUUUUUAAUAAGGAAGACAAUUACUCAAUUGAUAAAUGUUUAUAAAAAGAUAAAUAAGAUAAAUGUCGAGUUGAAUAUUUUGAAUAAACAAAGUAAAGGUAACUUAAACCAUGAUAUAAAUAAAAAAUACAACAAGAUAUUAAAAGAUUUAAAAUUUGAUAGAAUGAUGUUGAUUAUUGAAUUGAUUGGUAAUUUUAUGGAUUUAUUAUUUAAUUUAAUUGAAGUUAAUGGUAUUAAUUUACCUGAUUGGUUGAUGAGCUUAUUAAACUUUUCAUCUAUGGCAAUGACAGUAUACAGAAUGAAUAAAGAUGAUGAGUAUAUAGAUGAUGAUAUAACUGAAGAUUUAAUAUAG